AUUUAUAAUUUUAAAAUGGUCGACAUUAAACCUUUGAUUAAAAGGCGUGCCUCAUUCAAAGCUAAGCUUACGCUGUUUGAAAGCCAUCUAACAACUGUCGAAAGUUGUGAUCGCUUGAGUAGAUUGCAAAUUUCUGAAUUAAAUCACCGUUUAUCAAAAAUUGAAGAAAUAUAUUCAGAAUUUGACUCCGUUCAGUGUGAUAUAGAGAACGAAUUGGAAAUUCCAGAUGAGCAGUAUAAAGAACGCGAGGCUUUCGAGAGCAAGUACUUUGGGCUCGUCGCGCGCGCGCGCGAGCUGCUGGCGGCGGCCGCGCCGGCGCCGGGCGCCUCUGCGGGCGGCGACGGCUCGGAGACAGGUUCUUGUGUUACUGCGAUUGGAGGUGGGACAAAACUUAAACUUCCUACUAUAGAUAUGCCUAGCUUCUCGGGCCAUUAUCAUGACUGGUUGGAGUUCCGUGACACAUUUAGUAGUCUCAUACAUUCAAAUAAUUCAAUUCCAAACAUUAAUAAAUUUCAUUACUUGCGCGCCGCGCUAAAGGGUAGUGCCGCGGUAGUGAUUCAAUCUUUAGAUUUUUCCAGCGAUAAUUAUACAUCAGCUUGGGAACUACUUUGCGAUCGUUAUAAUAAUAAAAGAUCUUUAGUGAACAAUCAUAUUCAGGCAAUUUUUAACAUAGAACAAUUGUCAAAAGAAUCGUCUAGAUCAAUAAGAAACCUUAUUGACACGAUAAAUAAAAACUUAAGAGCACUCAAAUCACUUGAUCUACCUACUGAGCAUUGGGAUGUUCUCAUAAUUCAAAUAAUAUCAAGCAAAUUAGAUACAACUACACAUCAUAAAUGGGAAUCGUAUAGGAAUAAAUUAAAGGAGCUCCCUACACUUCAAAUGUUUAACGAUUUCCUUAAAGAUCGGGCUGACUUACUAGAAUCAACUGAAAUCUCUAAUAAAAAACGUCGGUCUAGCGACACUACGCACAGUCGACAGAAGGCGUUGACAGCUAAUACCUAUUCCCCCACUACUUCUCGCAAGUAUGCUUGUCCGUUUUGCAAUCAAGACCACGCACUGUAUCUAUGUCCUAAGUUUAAAACAUUAAAAUUACAAGCUCGCGUUGAUAAAGCUAAGGCACUCAAGGUUUGCUUAAACUGUUUACGCGUGGGCCACAAUGAAAAAACGUGUAGGCUGAAUUCGUGUCGCACAUGUGGAUUACAGCGCAAUAGUCUGUUGCAUGAACAUACAACUCCUGCGCCUUCGCCUUCGUCAAAUGACGUCGCGCUGCAUUCUUUGCCGCAGCCUGACGACGAUGAACAAUUUUCUAGUCCAGUUCAAGAAAUUUCUAUGUCAGCCGUAAAUAAUAAUAGCAUGCUACUGUCAACGGUCUUAAUUCAAGUGACAGACCACAGUGGUAAAAAACAAACAAUACGAGCGUUACUCGAUAAUGGUUCAACCGCGAGUUACGUUACUGAAAGUUUAUGCGCAAAAUUAAACUUACCUACUUCUUCAGCUCCGACAAUAGUCGACGGAUUAAAUUAUCAAACAUCACAUUUGUCAAAAAGUUGCGACGUACUUAUAUCGUCAUUACUCAAUGAUUAUCAUGAAAAGGUGCCCUGUUUAGUAGCAUCACGUAUAACUCAACCGUUGCCAGUGUCUCGAAUUGACCGUACAACGUUAAACAUACCGCCACACAUUAGGUUGGCAGAUCCCACAUUUGAUGUACCUGCUCCAGUAGACAUGCUACUUGGAUCAGGAAUAUUUUGGUCAGUACUUGGUACUCAUAAAAUUCCAUUAGGUAAAAAUAAACCAGCUUUAUGGGAAACCAAAUUGGGUUUCUUAGUUACAGUUUCAUCAAAACAAAACUUACCAUCAAAAUUGAAUACAGUCCAUUGCAACCAUAACAUUAAUUUACACUUACAACAUUAUAAUAAACAAUUAAAUGAUCAAAUUUCUUAAUUCUUUGAAUUAGAA